AUGGGUGUCCUGUAGACGUGGUGACAUGUCUGAUAGUGAUGGGUGUCCUGUCUGUCCUGUAGACGUGGUGACAUGUCUGAUAGUGAUGGGUGUCCUGUAGACGUGGUGACAUGUCUGAUAGUGAUGGGUGUCCUGUAGACGUGGUAACAUGUCUGAUAGUGAUGGGUGUCCUGUAGACGUGGUGACAUGUCUGAUAGUGAUGGGUGUCCUGUAGACGUGGUGACAUGUCUGAUAGUGAUGGGUGUCCUGUAGACGUGGUAACAUGUCUGAUAGUGAUGGGUGUCCUGUCUGUCCUGUCUGUCCUGUAGACGUGGUGACAUGUCUGGCUCUGGACCUCUGUGGUAUCUACCUCAUAUCUGGUUCCAGAGACACAUCCUGUAUCGUGUGGCAGGUUCUACAGCAGGGUGAGUUCUCCAGUGGUCUCUCUCCUCGUCCAGUGCAGGUCCUCUGUGGACACGACCAGGAGGUCACCUGUGUGGCCAUCAGCACCGAGCUGGACAUGGCUGUCUCUGGGUCAAAGGAUGGUACUCUGAUAAUCCACAGUGUACGCCGUGGCCAGUUCCUCCGUACCCUGCGUCCGCCCGGUGAGAGCUGCCCAUCACCGGGUCACGGAGUUGCAGGUGGCACGGAGUGGCACAUCGUGGUACAGACCGGCCUGGAGGGACACACUGCUGGAAAG